CGAUAUUUAAAGCCUACAUGGGGAAAGAAGUUUCAACCCGGAGCUUCCUGGUUACAGCAUUAAUGGUGAUACAGCACAGGACUCUUCCAACAGGCUAGGUUAUGGCAGUGCUUGAUUCUUCAUAAAAAAAAAAAUAUAUCAAGACGAGGAUUUCUUCAAUGACGAGUCUGCGGUUGAUAUACUACGAACUGCAGGUCGAGUUUGCAAAACGCUGAAUCUCUCCGGAGUCGAAGGCCAAGCCUUUUGUUCUUGUUCUCAAGAACAUUUAGCUUCUCUUUGUCUCUCUAGCUAAAGCAAGUGAGCGCCUUUGCGUUCAAGAGCGCCAUACUGGUAAAUUUCUUUUGGUCGGAAGGUUUGGUGACGAUGGUUGAAGUAGAACUUACUUCGAGAGAAAUUGUUAAACCAUCUUCACCUACGCCUGCCCAUCUAAAAAAAUUUGACCUCUCACUCAUAGACCAACUCAUGCCUCCAGUAUAUUACUCGUCGAUCAUCUUCUAUUACGACUUGAGUAAUUCUCCUGGCAAUCGAUAUACCCCAACAAUCUCUUCCAAGAUGAGGCAAUCACUUUCGCAAACGCUGAGUCACUUCUAUCCGCUCGCCGGGAGAAUCCGAGGCAAUCUUCACGUAGAAUGUAACGAUGAAGGGGCAUUAUAUUCCGAGGCUCGAGUCGACUGCCAUCUUGCAGAGUUCCUAAGUAUACCCGAUUUGGAAGCCUUGGGCAAAUUCCGCCCUGUCCCUACCAUUAGCACUGUACCUGUAGAGGAAGCCGUUCAAGUUGCUGUUCAGGUCAAUGUAUUUUCAUGUGGGGGAAUUGCCAUCUGUGUGUCUCUACUUCACAAGCUAGCAGAUGGCACUCUGAUAGGAGCCUUUGCGAAACGAUGGGCUUCCAUAUGUAACGGAUGUUAUACCAAACAACCUCCAUCACAUUACUAUAGAGAAGCUUCCUUGCUCUUCCCACCAAGAUCAAUGCUUCCUAAUCACGCAUCCAAUUGGUUGCUCUUCGUGAACGGUUCAAAAGGCCGUGCCGGACGCUAUGUGUUCGAUCCCAGUUCCAUGUCGAAACUAAAAGCCCGAGCCUCUAGCUCGAGCGUCCCGAACCCGACUGCUAUCGAGGCCCUCUCUGCCUUCAUGUGGAAACAUCUCGUGCAAGCAGGAAAGGUGAAGUCAGGGGCCACGUCGAAGCCGUCAUCGUUGAUUUCCCACGCCGUGAACCUCAGGAGCCGAAUGGAUCCAGUGUUGCCAGAGCACUCGAUCGGGAACAUCUUCUGGAAGGCAUACGCGCAUGUUGAUGAUCAAGCUGCUGAUGCUGCAUCAGAGGCGAAACUGGUUGAAUUGUUAAGGAAGUCUCUCUCGAAGAUCGAUAGUCGUUACCUGGAGAGAAUGCAAGGGGAUGAAGGAGUUUCAGUAAUUUCAAAGUGGUUGGAAGAGGCUGGGCGAUUAUACGGAAAAUGUGCGCCGAGUUAUUAUGCAUUUAGCGAUUGGUGCAAGCUGAGCUCGUAUGAGGUGGACUUUGGCUGGGGAAAGCCGGGCUGGGUGAGCCCCGGUUGCAUGGACCUCGGAACGAUUAUAAAUGGAGCCUACUUCGUAGAAAGCGCUUCGAAGGGAGGAGCGGAAGUGUGGUUGAUUUUGGAUGAAGAGGAGAUGAGGGCCUUGGAAGGAGACCAAGAGUUUCUUGCUUUUGCUUCCAUUAAUCCCAGUAUUUCUGGUUGUAUUAUGGAGGAAUAAGUUCUCUCUACUAUCAUUUUUUUUUUUACCGUUGGACAGUAAUUAUAAAAAAAAAAUCAGAAAGUGAUCGCUAAUUUUACUAUAGAAUA